AUGUCUAUCUCCUCACUGCUAGUACUCGGCCUGUCACUCUUUACCAUCCAUCUUCAGCUCAUUUUUGGUCUGCCCAGCCCUGAGGGCACUCCACUUAAGCCUAGCCACUUCCGUGAGCUCCCUGCCUGGAGCCGUGGCCCCCAUAACCCGAUCAGUGACCUCAAUGUCCCGGGAGGGAGUUUAGUCUGGGACCGCGAGCUCCACAUCGACAACGGCAAAAAAGUCGAGGUUGUCCACGUUGAAACUGGGCAUGUCGUCUACCUCAUAAGCCAAUCCCCCGAUGACUACCGCACGACGAUAAUUUCCAACGGAGAGGGUAAAGAACUCCUGCGAUUCACACUCGAUAAAACACCAAUAAGCUGUCUUUGGCACGUAUACCACACAUCCUCAGCUUCGCUGAGCUACGAGAUCCAUCCGAACGGGCCUGCUACCGAUCGCUGGUUUAUGCGCAUAUGGCAGAAAAACCUUGCAACUUUGGCAUAUUACCGCGGUCGUUCAUCAAAUACUGGAAAUGUCUACUUCCAUAAAGCUCGAUUAGCUGCAUUCGAAUUCACCAACAUCCAACAGGUAGACAAAUCCCGGAUGAAACCGGGUACUUUGAAAGGUGUUCAAAACGUUGUCACAUAUGAAAUCGUUCGACGAUCAGAUAUUCCCGAGCAUUACUUCAUUGGGCUAUGGUGCCAGGUCAAAAGAAGAAUCGACCAUUAUAAGUUAUGA